GCAGCAGCCGAUGAACGACUUCUUUCGCUGUAUUUUCGAUGUUAGUGUUUGUUUUUUAGCACUGAAAGAAAUAUUUUAACUUAUGUAAUUUUGUUAUUUAACGACUGGAUUUAGUUUUUUUAUAUAAAAAAAAAAGAAAGCCGAACUUGUUUCCUGGCUUCUUCUGAGAUUAUUUAAUAUUAUUUUCCACCGAUUACAAUUCGAGGUGUGUCCUUGAAGUUAAAGGUAUGGACACACAUCCAGUGCAGCAGAGAGAGCUCUUGUCUGCAGCGGGUAGCUAGCCAUGCCUAGCUAGGUGUCUUAUCCUGCUGGACCCAUCCCUUUGACCUGAAUCUUGGUCAUAACCUCCAGGACUUUCAUUUAAGUCCUCCUUGGCUCUCUCUGGACUGGACCAUGGGUGAAAGACGUGCACAGUCCUUUCACAUGACGUGCCAUGUGCAACGCGACUAUGGCAGCAGGAUGGGAAGCUCCUUUAUAAGUUGCAGACCCAAUGGAUAUGCCAGCACGAGCCUCAGCCAAAGCCUGGAACAGGAGAUGGAUGCUAACCCUGCCGCCUCCAUCGGCACUACAACUACUAGUUCCGCCCUGCGGGCUCCUGCACCUAGCAGAAGCCACUUCUAUCCUGUUUCACAGGAACUGGACCCCACAACGGUGAAUAAUGGAUCAGGCUUUCCCUGCUGUCCACCAGCGGACACAAAGGACACGGCGCUGCAGACCAUACACAGCCGGCCCUCCAUCACCUCUGGCCCUCCACCUCUCCCUCCUUCGAGCUGGCUGCAUCAUCAUCAAAAGGAUUUCCAAAGCCCUUACCUAAAUACUAGCAUACAGGGGGAUGUUUACAACUUCCUAGAGAGACCUGCUGGAAUGAGAUGCUUCCUCUACCACUUCCUCGUCUUUGUCAUGGUCCUGGUGUGUCUAAUCUUCAGUGUCCUGUCCACUAUAGAGCAAUAUGCAGAGUUUGCUACAGGAACCCUCUUCUGGAUGGAGAUUGUGCUGGUGCUGUUCUUUGGCACAGAGUAUGUGGUCCGGCUGUGGUCGGCAGGCUGUCGCAGCAAAUAUGCAGGCAUCAAAGGACGCCUCCGCUUUAUCAGGAAGCCCAUAUCAAUCAUAGAUUUGAUAGUGGUCAUUGCUUCGAUCAUUGUGCUUGGUGUAGGAUCCAAUGGCCAAGUGUUUGCCACGUCUGCCAUCAGGGGCAUCCGAUUUCUCCAAAUCCUGCGCAUGCUACAUGUGGAUCGACAGGGAGGAACAUGGAGGCUCCUGGGAUCUGUAGUCUUUAUUCAUCGACAAGAGCUGAUCACCACCCUGUACAUCGGCUUCCUGGGCCUGAUCUUUUCCUCUUACUUUGUCUACUUGGCGGAGAAGGAUGCUGUGGAUGAGGAGGGCAAGACGGGCUUCUCCAGCUAUGCCGAUGCCCUGUGGUGGGGCGUGGUGACUGUCACCACAAUCGGCUACGGAGACAAAAUUCCUCAAACGUGGAUAGGCAAGGCCAUUGCCUCCUGCUUCAGUGUCUUCGCCAUCUCCUUCUUUGCUCUGCCUGCAGGUAUCCUGGGCUCAGGGUUUGCCCUGAAAGUCCAACAGAAGCAGAGACAGAAGCACUUCAACAGACAGAUCCCUGCUGCAGCCUGCCUCAUCCAGACACUUUGGAGAUGCUAUGCAGCAGAGAAACCAAACGGCUGUGCUGUGACAUGGAAAAUGUAUGUUCUAACUCCAGUGCCUGUCACCACAGUGGAAUCUGACAACUUCAGCCCUUACGUCAGGAAACUGAACAUAUCGAAAAAAGGGACCAAGAGGAGGUUGAAGUCCAGAGGUAAUGGCUCUAUGGGUGUGGUAUCAGAGAGAGCUGUAUCGAUCCCCCAGAUCACAUACGAUCACAUUGAUGACUCUGAGCAGAAAAAAGGAAUCACCAUGUUCAGACAAACAGGCCCUCCUCAACAUUCUUGGUCGUCUUUCACUCUGAGCUGCCCUGGCUCUCCAGUGAGAAGGAAUCAUGAUGACAGCGCCUCCAUCGACAUCUCCCGUGCCAACAGCUUAAGCGAUGAGCUGGACUACAUGACUGAGGACAUUCCCCUGCCGGUGGUGAAAGCUCAGUUGUCCCAUGCACAAAGAUCAGCUGUAAAAGUCCUCCGCAGAAUGCAGUACUUUGUGGCCAGGAAGAAGUUUCAGCAAGCACGGAAGCCCUAUGAUGUGCGGGACGUGAUCGAGCAGUAUUCCCAGGGUCACCUCAACAUGAUGGUCCGCAUCAAGGAACUGCAGAGAAGGCUCGACGGCACACUGGGGAAGCCAGGAAUGUUUCUUCCAGGAAAAGGAGACGAUAAAGAAUACCCAACUAUUGGAGCGCGACUGAUCAGGCUAGAAGAUAAGAGAGGAGUAAUGAUCUUGAACCAAUGUACCCUGCAAGCCUGAAGACCUCCCUCGGUGAUUGAGUUACGGCCCAUUUGCUCUGGACUACAUGUUGUGAUCGCAAUCUCCUGAUUGGAAACAUAAACCUGCGUUCAGAAGUGCCUCCCCUACCUAUGACUCUCUCUCUCUCUUUCUCUUUCAGUCUCUCUCUUUACCCUCUUUCACUUUUUCUCUUUCUCCACUCUGCCCUGUCAUGAAGGCAAAAUACAACUGAGAGGUGGAUAAUUGAGUGACAAAUCAAUGGGACCCUAUUGGUGCAGGCUGCUUUCCCUCCUAAACAAUUUGGAACCAAUCCCCAUUCCUCUAAUCAGAACUGAUUUUGCAUGCAUUGCUGCAACAAGCGUCCUCUCAAAGUGAAAUAGAAGAGUAGCAACAGCAACUUGCGACACAGAGAGCCACUCAUCCUUCAUAAUUACUAUUUUCCUCGCCUCAGCACCCGCCCCCUUCCCUUUCAUUUCUGGUCAUGUAAAUUUCUUGUUUUGAUGGUUCUGACGGCCCACACACCUGUUAAAUGGGAAAGGGGGGCCUCCUUUUUCCCCGUCGGGCAGCAGGUGGAUGAACCCGCCGACCUCUGUUACUUGGUACAUUCCCUGGUCCUCCUCCAGAUACGCCUGCACCGUUUAGCUCCAGUAGCUCUUCAUAGAUAUUAUUGUUUGCUCUAGAUAAACUAAAUGUCAGCUUUA